UGGGGGAGGGAGAGCUACGGUGUUCCCAGGGCUCUGCAUUGAGGCCGGCAGUGCUAAAUGUCUGCACCAGGGAUCGGGGUGAGGGGAUGGAGGGAACCUUCAAUAAAUUCAUGGAUGACACCGAGCUGUGUGGGAGUGUGGACAYGGAGGGGCUGGAGCUGGGAAGGGGCUGGAGAUUUCCUCAGGGAGCUGGGAAUGUUCAUCCUGGACCAAAGGAGGCUCCGGGGGGACCUUGUGGCUCUGCACAACUCCCUGACAGGAGGGGGCAGCCGGCCGGGGAUUUGGGAUCUGCUCUUAGGGAACAGGGACAGGAGGAGAGGGAAUGACCAGGGGAGAUUCAGGUUGGACAUCAACAGGAAUUUCUCCAUGGAAAGGGUGGUCAGGCCUUAGCAGGGGCUGCCCAGGGAGGUUUGGAGUGCCCAUCCCUGGAGGUGUCCAAGGCCAGGUUGGAGCACCCUGGGGACARUGGGAGGUGUCCCUGCCCAUGGCAGGGGUGGGAUGGGAUAAUCCUUAAAUCCCUUCCAUCCCAAACCAUUGGAAUUCUCAGGUGUAGCAGGUGCUUGUUGAGUUUGGGSUGAGGAGGAGGGCGACUCACGGAAAAAGGGAAGAGAAAGGGCUGGAAAUCCUGCCCAGGAGGAAACAGCAGGAGAGGCUUGGGAAUGAUGGUGGGGAAGGAGAAUGGAAUGAGUUGGGAAAGGAAAAAAGGAGCUCACUCCUGGCUUGGAGAAUCCUUUGGAGAAUCAGGGAAACCUGGAAUUAUGUCCUAAUUCAAAAAGAGGGAAAAGCAACUGGAUGGGAAUUCUAAAUUAAGUCAUUGAGGGGUGCUGGCUCCUGGGAGCUUUCCAGAAGCUCAGCAUUCCCAGAUGGUUGUGCCAGGAACAAGCCACCCUGGGGAAUCCUCAGGGGAUUAAGGGAUCUCCAUGAGGGAAUUCCCCCCUCUCAGGAGGCGAGAGGAGAGAAACUCCAGCAUCUUGGAAAGAAACGUGGGAAUGUUUCUCACUCCUGGGAAAAACCCGGGAGUCACCUCUGCUGGGAAUGCUGCCCAGGGAUGGCAGCAGCUCCUUCUCCCUCGUUAAUUCCUUAGGAACGCUCUCAGCUAAUUGUGGGAUCUCAGGGCAGGUGAAUCAGCACCUUUUUAUAGGAGCAGCCUCCGGAUGAUGUUCCAGCAUCUCCCGCUGGAUUUGUGAGCGUUCCCCUCGGCGCGCCGAUGAACGAGGACAUCCGGAUCCACUCCUGGCCUUGCUCCUACUACCUGGACACCARCAAGCAAUGGAUCCCGGGAAGACUCUGCCUGACUUCCGUCUCCAUCAAAUUCACGGCUGACAGGAGCGGGGAGCUCCUGGUGGACUUCCAGCUUUCCGGGAUCAGCGAGAUCAAGAAGGAAUCUUCCCACCUCAUCUUCAGCUCCUUGACUGUGCUUGAGCGUGGCACCAAGCACUGGUUCAGCUCCCUGCACCCCAACAGGAAUGUGGUGUUCAACAUCCUGGAGCACUUCUGGCGGGAGCAGCUKCUCUCCAGCCAGGAAGGGGCGGCGGGAGCAGCCCCAGAAUCUGGGAAGGGCAGGGAAUUGGCAGGAAUGUUGGUGGGAUCCCAGAAAAGCCUGGAGGACACAGCCAAGGUGCUGCAUUCCCAGGGAGAGCAGUUUGACAACAUCCUCAGGGGGCUGCACAAGAUCGAGGGGGACAUGGAUGUGGCUGACAGGCUGUUGACUGAGCUGGAAUCUCCUUCCUGGUGGCCCUUCAGCAGCAAACUCUGGAAAAGCCCUCUGGAAGCGAAGCCAAAGGAGACGGCGGCGGCAGCUCCCGACACCAAGAGCGGGGAAGAGAUCCUGCUGCGAAUUCCCGUGAUCAUCUCCCAGCGCAGCGACUCCAACGCCAAACCCGGCAAACUCACCCUGCUCCCCUCGGGCCUGGAGAUCCGGGACUGCAACUCGCAGCUCGUGCACCGCUUCGAGUCGCGGGACGUGGACGAUAUCCGCGUGCACACGCCCUACGAGAUCAGCGUCCGCCAGAGGUUCAUCGGCAAACCCGACCAUUCCUACCGCCUGCUGUCGGCCCGCAUGCCCGAGCUCAUUCCCGUGCUGGAGAUGCAGUUCAGCAAGAAGAUGCAGUUCCUGGAGGAUGCCCUGGGCUUUGYCGGAUCCAGGAAGUCUCCCCAGGCGGAUUUGGGAACGUCCAUCUGGCAGGCAGCCACGGGACUUUUGGGAGGAGUGGUGAAUCCUGGAUCUCCRUCGGGAAGCAAGGAAGGGAUGGACAACCAGCAGGAGCAGCUGCAGAAGCAUGAGAAGGUUUCCCAGGAAGAGGCCAAGGAGCUCAGACAGAUCCUGAAGAAGCUGAAGGGCCUGGCCCUGGAGACAGAAGCGGAGCUGGAAAGGCAGGACGAGGCCCUGGAUUCCAUCAGCAGCUCCGUGGAUCGCGCCACACUCAACAUYGACCGGCAGAACCGCCGGAUGAGGAAGCUGACGUAACAUCAYGGUGGGAUCAGGAAUGUGGGAAGAGCGGAGGAUGGGGGAGCCGGGUUUUUCAGGACUGGUUAUUCCAGAGACACUUCAGGAGGUGGUCUGGAUGAUGUUUGGAAAACAGCGCUGCUGGGGUCGACUUCCUGAGGGGUUGAAGGUGUUUGGAUCUUGGAUCGUGGUUGGAUCUUGGAUGACAGUUAAAUCUUGGAUGAUGUUUGGAUUUUGUAUGUUUGGAUGAUUGGUUGGGUUUUGGAUGAUGGUUGGGUCUUUGAUGUUUAGAUCUUAGAUGGUGGUUGGAUUUUGAAUGAUGGUUGGGUCCUGGAUCCUGUUUGGAUCUUGGAUCCUGUUUGGAUCUUGGAUCGUGAUUGGAUGGUUGGGUCCUGGAUUGUGGCUGGAUCUUGGAUUAUGUUUGGAUGUUGGAUGGUGGUUGGAUCUUGGAUGUUCAGAUCUUGGAUGUUUGGAUCUUAGAUGAUGGUUGGAUCUUGGAUGAUCUUGGUUGGAUCUUGGAUCAUGUUUAUAUGAUGGUUGGGUUCUGGAUGUUUUGGUCUUGGACGAUGGUUGGAUUUGAGAUAUUUGGAUCUUGGGUGAUGUUUGAAUCUUGGAUAUUUGGAUCUUGGAUCGUGAUUGGAUUUUGGAUGAUGUUUGAAUUUUGAAUCAUGUUUGGAUCUUGGAUGAUGGUGGAUCUUGGAUUGUGAUUGGACCGUGGAUGAUGUUUGGAUCUCGGAUGAUGUUUGGAACUCGGAUGAUGGUUGGAUCUUGGACUUUGUUUGGAGGCUGUUUUGGGAUGAAAAGGUCCUAAUUUCCAAUCGGGAUGAAACAAAACCCGUGGAUUCUACCCCACGAAACCCUGUAAAUGUGAAGGGAUGUCACAAACCUGACUUUUUUUAAUUAAUUAAUCAAUUAAUUAAUUCAUGUGCAAUUUUUUUUUUUUUGCUGCCUUUUGGGAUUUUGUUCGUGCAUCUGAGCCCACUGGAGCUGAUUCCAGCCCAUGAAUACCUUUUCCAGGUCUUUCCCUAAAAUCCCUAAUAGCUCAGCUGAGGGCCAGGUGUCCAACUGCAAUUCCUUGAGCCUUUUUUUUUGGGCAUUUCCCCUACUUUUUUGGGAAUUUCACUGACGUGGACAAUGAUGGUGAUGAACCCUCGUAUUUCCUGAACUUUGCCUGCUCCUGAUCCUGCAUUUAAUGCUCUGGAAUUUUCCAGGAGUCGGGAAGACUCRGAGCUGGAAUCAUUGGAUGCUCCUGGCGCAUCCCAUUUUUCCUGUUUUUUAAAUUUCUUUGCACUCCAUGGUAGUGAAACAUUUCAAGACUUUUUCCAGAGUUUUAUUUCUUAAAAAAAGGGAUUUUUUUUCAGUUAAAGUCUGAAGUUUACACUUGGCUCCAUUGAGAGCAGAGAUUUCCCCUCCUAAAUUAUUGAUGCCCUAUAGGAAAAAUCCCAGAUAAUCCACAAAACCUCCCAUUUGACCRUUGCCUGCAUUUUUCCAGCUGGAAGGAACUGCUGCAAAAGGUUUUUUUGUGUUUUUUUUUUUAAUUUUAGUUUUUUAAUGUUGCUUUCAAAGCCAACACUCUCAGUGCAAUAUUUAUCAAUGGCGAAGCCUAAAUUCCUGCUUCUGCUGGGAAUUUUUUUUUCCAAGGAAUCCAGCCUCAUUUGGGGAGAAAAAAGCAUUGAAAAUCGUUUAGAGGGAGUUGUUUGCCAGCUCUUGCUCUCUCCCAUGGUUUGUAUUCCUAAUUUUCGGUAGGAUUGGAGAAAAAUUGACUCCAAGUUUUUCCUGGCAUGCACUUUACUGGAUCAUACGGUGAUAAUUCCAUAUCCAUCCGUUAAUGACUGGGAAUAAAAUCCUCUCUGGGCUUCUCCUGGUGUUUCCCCACCCCCAAAUCACUGCUGGGAGAGGAAAAGACCCUUUCCACACCUCAUUUUUCCAUGGAUUUCCACGUGGAUUUUGCACCAAAUCCUCUGUGUUUGUCGAAGCUGCCGCYGCCUGGGAUGGGAUCUGGGAGCUGGAUGAGUCCCAAUCCGGAUUGCCAGAAGGAAAUAUCCAGAACUGGGGGAUUUUUUGGGAUGUUCCUUGUGCCAUAUUUUUUAUUGCUGUGGGGUUUCAGCACCAACUCCGCGUUUUGUGGGCUGUGUUGAGUCCAAAAAACUUGGGAAUCUUCUUUGUAAGACCCAUCCUAGAGCUGUAGGUUGGCUGAAUUCUGUGUGCCRGAAGGAUUUUCCACCUGUAAUUCCUUGUUAUUAAAUCUCUUGGAAUAGUGA